ACUUCCUGUCAGUGUCGGCGUGUGUUGAUCGUUUGAGGCUGAAGUUUGAUCAGUUUUCCUCCGGAUUCGUGAUUAAAACAACACGCAGCAGCAGAUAUGGCGAGGAACGCUGAGAAGGCCAUGACGGCUCUGGCUCGGUUCAGACAGGCUCAGCUGGAGGAGGGAAAAGUCAAGGAGAGGAGACCUUUUCUGGCGUCAGAGUGCAGUGAACUUCCUAAAGCCGAGAAAUGGAGACGACAGAUCAUCAGUGAGAUCUCAAAGAAAGUAGCACAGAUCCAGAACGCUGGUCUGGGGGAGUUCAAGAUUCGGGAUCUGAAUGAUGAGAUCAAUAAGCUGCUAAGAGAGAAAGGUCACUGGGAAGUUCGGAUCAAAGAGCUGGGAGGACCCGACUAUGCGCGUGUCGGUCCAAGGAUGUUGGAUCACGAGGGGAAGGAGGUUCCAGGAAACAGGGGGUAUAAAUACUUUGGAGCAGCCAGAGACCUGCCCGGAGUCAGAGAGCUGUUUGAGAAGGAGCCUGCCCCAGCGCUGAGGAAGACGAGGGCGGAGCUGAUGAAGGACGUAGAUGCAGAAUAUUACGGGUACAGAGACGAAGACGACGGAGUCCUGCUUCCUCUGGAAACUCAGUACGAGAAACAAGCUGUGUUGGAGGCGGUGCAGAAGUGGAGAACAGAGAAGGAUUCUCGUCUGUCCGGUGAGAAACAACAGGAGGAAGAGGAGGAGGAGAACAUCUACACCGUCCACAACGAAGAGCCUGAUGACGAGGAGAGCCGGGAGGAGCAGGAAGGGGAGGAGGGAGGAGUCACCUUCAUCGCACACGUACCUGUUCCAUCACAGAGAGAGGUGGAGGAGGCUCUGGUCAGGAGGAAGAAGAUGGAGUUGUUGCAGCGGUAUGCCAGCGAGACUCUUCAGGCUCAGAGUCAAGAGGCCAGGACUCUGCUGGGAAUCUAACCUGUCUGUCUGUCUGUCUGUCUGUCUGUCUGUCUGUCUGUCUGUCUGUCUGUCUGUCUGUCUGUCUGUUAAUGUUGAUGUAAAUAUCGGCUCAUUUUUGUUGUCAGCCUGUUUCUUAUUAAAACUUUCUUAAGCUCA